UACGCCGCACCUGGGGCGCUCGUUUUGGCCGCCGCACGCCCCACUCCUCCUCUCACCUCACUUGCUCGCCGCCGCACCUGGAUCUGGCUCUCGUCUCAUCCAAGCACGGAUUAGGAGUGCACCUAUUUUGAUUCUGCGAUCUGAGUAACUGAUUCUAAAGAUGAGUAAAGGAAAAGAGAAGAUUGAGAGGACCAUUGUGUGGGAUGAGGAUCAAAGCAAGUUUAUGCUUGGUUGGUUUACUGACUUCAUAAAAGAACAAUAUGCUGGUUUUAAGAUUAAAAAACAACGCCACUUCAAGUGUGCUGAGGCAUUGAACAGACAAUUCAAUAUGGGGGUCACUGCUACUCAAGUUGAAAGACAUUACAGGCAUUAUAAAGAGAAUUGGAAGUUUGUUGCUGCAGCCUUAAGCAAGAGUGGUAACACUUUUGACACAAUAAGGUCUAUGGUAGUCAUAUCUGAAUCAGAGAAAGCUAACCUAAAGGAUAGGGCAAGAAGGCUCAUUUCUAAGCCUAUCAAGUUUUUCAAUGAAAUGCAAGAGUUGUUUAUUAACAGCAGUGCUGAUGGCUCUCUAGCCAUGGAAGCUACAACUUGUAUGAAUGAAACUCAUCCUGGAGAUGACAGUGACUUCAAUGAUGAUGUGUGCAGUGACUUCUCCAACUAUCCUCAGCCUGUGCAUGAUCUAGGUGAUGAUUCUGACACUUUACCAUCUCCCAAUCAUCAUCCAUCUCAAAACGUUGAUCAUAGCUCGUCAAGUUCUGGACUGAAGCGCCCACAAGGAGAGGGAGUACCAGCGAAAAGGAAUGUGAAACCAAAGAGUCGCACAACAAAGGUAGUAGAUGAACUCAGUGCUACUUUGGUAGAACUUCGAAAUGAUCUUAAGAAGCCACCACCUCCAGUGCCUAUGCCUUUUGGUAACCCUGAUGCAAUAUUGUGGCAAAGGCUUGAGAAUAUGACAAUUACUACUGAUCAAAAGUUAAUGGUAGGAACGUAUCUAGCACACAAAGAUCAAAAGGGUAUGCGUGGUUUCUUAUCUGCUGCAUCAGACAUAACAUUUGAGUCAUGGGUACUAAAGCAUCUGAGUGAUUUGGACCUAUGAAUCGACUAGCAGGAUGAUCCAUGUAGGAGAUGAAUGGUGUGAUAGUUGGGUUUUUUGCAUUUCUUCUAGGUUGAUGGAUGUCAAUUGAUGGAGAUAUUUGGUGGUUGUGACUGCUGUUACAUUGCUCUUUUUGUUGAUUUUUAACUUUGAGGGUACCAAUGAGCAUAGUGCAUAGCACCAGUACCUUUUACAAUUAUGGAAUCUCUGCAAAGCAAGGAAGGCAUUGGACUGUAAUAAAUUUUGCUCCAAUUUCGCAUUGCAAAUGUUCUAGUAGUGUCAGAUUUUUCUCUAAUGCUUCUAGUGAAAAAUGAGACCUUUUGGAGACAGUUUCUAAA